UCAUGUGAUCGAUAGUUCGUCUUGAGCUUGAAAUGAAUCAAUGUCAUUCAUGCAGUUGAACCACCAUGGCACUCAACACAACCUCGGAGAGUGACCCUACAUUCAUGAAGCCUUGCCUCAGAUUUGAAUUAAAUCUCAACAUAGAACACAACUCCUCAUACGAGUCAGGAUUGAUAACAGGAAUCGUCCUCUGUAUUUUACUUGGUAUUUUUGCUACGCUUAGUAACCUAUCAGCUAUAUACACUAUUCUUAAGACAUCAUCGCUUCAUAGACCUUCUAACGUUCUUAUAGUUGGUUUGGCCAUCUCCGAUUUUUUUGCCGGCAUUAUUGCUUAUCCAUGUUUAGUGGCAUUACAGCUUUCUGAUCUUCUUCAAGAUAUCACAAAGUUUUGUGCUUUAGCUAAGGCACUUUGGUUUACCUUAAUGAUUCUGGUAUCAGUUUCUCUGUUAACACUGACUGCUGUGGCAUUAGAUCGAUUCUUAGCUCUCCAUUAUCACAUGAGGUACUGCCAAUACGUAACAAACAAGGGCGUAGCUGUGGUCCUUGUAUUCAUUUGGUCCUAUAGUUGUCUAGCUGGUGUACUUUUGGUUUAUUUAAACCGUGAGGAUACCCUAAGAGCUCAUUUCAUUGUACUUUUUGUUGCUUCUCUGAUGGAUAUAUAUUUCCUUUUGAAAAUAUAUAAAACUGCAUAUCGCCACUCAAGGCAGAUCCAAGUCCAGCACCAAAGUGUACAACCGAGUAGUAAUUUGUCACAAGUGAGGAAAUCUCUCAACGUCAUGUACUUUAUAAUUGUUGCUUUUGUGAUUUGUUAUUUACCUUAUGUUAUUUGCAGUGGAGCAAUUGGAGUCUCAAGUGAAUCGUCUGGGGUGCUUGUAAUCAUUUAUACAAUAGCGGAAGGUCUAAUACUUUUAAACAGCUGUAUAAACCCAGUGAUUUAUUACUGGCGAAUAGAAGAGUUUAGAAAUGCUACACGCAUCGUAUUUAAAUGUAUUAGAUAAUAGUCUCCUUCGCGGCCACCGACGCAAUUUUGAAAGGUAGGGCUUCGUAACUUUGCAUCGAUGCGAGACGGUCGUUGAGCGUACACUGAUAGAAAUAGAGACCUCCUUUCACGCCUACAAACAAUUAUUCACCAGUAGUUAUCAUUGCAUGUCUAACGGUCGUCUCACUCGAUGGAAAAGCUACGACUAUACCUUUCAAGAGAGUGUUGCCGUAGGGGACUAUGUGAUAUACUUCCUUUUUCAUGAUUUAUGCAAUUGAUCGUUUUCUUGCAAAGUAAUUAUCUUUUUCCUUAUUAGGUUUGUUUAUGCAAUUUACUAUGUCUUUAUUGUUUCAUUGAGUUUUCAAUUAAUAAUAAUGAGGUCAAGGAA